AUGGAAGAAUGGCUCAAGAUAUUAGGUAUUAUUGAAUUUAUUGUUGCAUUGGUAGUAUUGUUAUUUUUAAUUGGUGUUAUAGCUAUAAUUACAAAGAAUCGACACAUUGAAUUUAAUCAGUAUUGGAAAUCAAGAACAUUGAUCGCAAGUUCAGCAUUCAUAUGGGUUAUAUUUUUGUUAUUGGGUAACGAGUAUUUGUGGAGUUCAAAAGAAGGUAUAUUUGGAGUAAAAGAAUCGCACUCUAGAGCUAUUUGUGCAUUACAUGUAUUUUUUACAGUUGGGUUGGCCGAGCCUUUAUUCUUUCUAAUAUUUUUAUUUACAAUUAAAUCAAAGACAAAUCAGGAUAAAGAAAAUAGUAAUACACAAAAUAAUCUUCGUAGUAAUGGUAGUCAUCGUAUGGAAAUGAUUAAAAAUAAAUGGUUUAGGUUUCAAGAGCCAAAUACAUAUGUUUACGUUUGGUCAUUGGUUUGCACAUUACCUUUAGUUAUCAUUCAUUUAAUAUUGUUGAUAUUAGAUGCCACAGACGUAACAGAGCCAAGAGGAAAUCAAUAUUUAUUUACAGUUUAUGAUUCAAAAGAACAAAAAUGCUCUGUACCAAUCAUUAGUACUGGUGCAUUUGCUGUAUUCUUUGUAAUAUUUUUAUUCUUUUUUGUUAUUGUAUCAAGAAAUUUUUCAAAAUCAAUUAUUAAUCGUUCUUUAAUAAAUAGAAUUAGAAUAUUACAGUUUUCAUUUGUAGCAUUUUUACCAUUAGAAGUUGCUAUUCGUGUGGUAUUAAUUUUUACAACCAAUAUUGGUGAUGCUACUCCUGCAUUAUUUAAUGCAUUCUUUUUUGUUGAUAUUAUAGUAUUAUUAAUCGGUGUUUUGGAAUUUGCAUUAUUCCCAAUUUUAGAUUCAUUAGGAUUUUAUUCAAGUUCAAUUAGAAUGUGGAAAUUUAAGAAUAUUAUGGGUAAAAAUAAUGGUCAAACUAGAAAUAAAGCAACUGAUGAAAAUGAUGACCAUAUUUUAUUAACAUCGAUACAGACAAAUACAAACACACCAACUAGUAUAAGUGAAGAUAAAGCAACUAACGGUGCCAUUUUAACACCAACAGGCAAUAAUGAAAAAAUAGCAGUACCAAACGAUAACAAUAAAAACGAAUUAAUAAAUAAUAAUAAUAAUAAUAAUGAUAGCAACAACAAUAAUAAAUCAAAUGCUUUUAGUAAUAUUGAAAUAGAUAAUAAUAAUAGUCAUCAGAGUACAAAUAUACAUCAACAAAGUGAAUUAGAAAAAUUAAAAAUUAAACAUAAAUCACCUAUUUUCGAUAGAGUAAGAGACACUGAGGAUGUUAAUAUACCACCACAGCCAUUAUCAACACCAUUAUCCUCAGUUUCAUCUAAAUCAUCUCAUUUAGAACAAGUUAUAAAUUCAAAUUCAGUUGAAAAGAAAAAGAGAAGAUUUAGCUUAUCAAGUAAAAAGAGAUCCUCUUCCUCCUCAUCUUCAUCCUCACCUAUUGUAGUCACCCCAAUUUCACAAUCUCCACCACAACAAUCAACUUCCCAAAAUGUAAGAUACCUUCAUCAAACUCCAGUCGAUAACUUUAAAGAUCAACUAUUUAAAUAUUCAAAUCAACAAAACUAUAAAUAA